UUAAUAAUAUAACCUUAAAUCAAAUACAAAACAAGAAAUUGUAUUUGUUAAUUAAUUUUCAUGCUAUUUUCCUAUUAUAUUUAUUAUGCUAAAAGGGUAGUCUAAGCUUUUUCAGAAAAACAUAUGUUUGUGCCUUGGGAACAUUUUCCUGAUUUGUGUUUGUGUGAUUCUUUUGUAGGUUUUUAUUACUUCUCACUAAGUAAAAUUAGAGAAACUGUCUUCCAAUACUUUCUGACGAGAGCGUUACGUUUUCAUUACAAAGACAUAAACCAGAUCACGCAAUAUUGUUAAUAUUUAUAGUAAACUUUGUCCUGGAUACUAAACUGUAAAACCUGUAACCAUGGCGGUGUACGCUGCGCACUUGACGAGAACAUUGCAAGGAGCCCCGUCGGUGUUCCAAGUGGUGGCGCAGGAGGCGCUCGGAGCGACUGUGAAGCCUGCUUUUGGAAAACUUGUAGAGUAUUUGGCAACAGUGUACCCUGACCGGCUGGGCUGGUGCGAGCGCUGGUACGAUGAGCUCUUCCUGCUGUUUGAGGGCUUCCUACAAUACCACUACCUCAAGCAUUAUGCCGCAUCAUUUUCUGAGAGCUUCUACGGCCUAGUGAGAGCCCCGCUAUCUCCUAGUGGAGAGUUCCACUCCGGGAGUCGUUUGCCCCGCGGCGCCGAGAUCGGCUCACUGGCGCUGUUAGUGCUACUGCCUUAUCUGAGGGACAGACUUGAAAGAGCUGUGGCACGUUGGAGAGACGAGCAUGAAGAUGGUAUACUAGGGAAGGGUCACAUAGCAACAGCAAAGCGCGCAGCCAUCCACGUGUACUCCACCAUCCAUCUGGUCACCUCGCUCGCCAAACUGAUCCAACUGGCAGCAUACCUUCGUGGCGCAUCUAGCCCUACUCCAUCCCUGGCAGCCCUAGGGUUGACCUUGAGAGACGCCCCUCCUCAAGCACAAGAUGAUACGUGGGGGGAUUUAGUCAAGAGUCUAGUUUCGGGACAGUUUGGAAGUGCCGCAGUGACGUUCCCCAUGCUGGGCAGCCUAGCGCUCCGCGGCGUGGAGUACGGCGCCUUCGCCGUGCAGUUCCUGCGCUGGUGGGACACCAGGGCCGCCGCCACCGACACCGCCGCCUGUCCGCAGCCCCCGCAGCGGGACCCUGCCAUGGAGCGGUGGCGGAACAAGUGCCCCAUAUGCUUGCAGCACUGGAAGACACCCACGGCACUCCCCGUCUCCGGGUUGAUAUUCUGCUACAGCUGCAUUUCGCGUCACCUGCGCGCGCAACGCGCCUGCCCCGCCACGCGGCUGCCGGCGCAGGAAGCUGAUCUAGUCAGGAUGUACAUCGACUGAUCUAAUGUAGGGGCACGCCCAUCCCUGGUGGUGCAGGCAUCCAUAGGCUACGGUGACUGCUUACCAUCAGGCGGGCCGUGCGCUUGUUUGCCACCGACGUGGUAUAAAAAACCCGUUCUAUUAGCGUAAAAAAGAGUGCUUGUCAAAUUUUUUUGUGGUACUCUAAAACAUUAAAAAAUUUAAUACAUUUAUUUAAUUCAAUGCUUGGAUGCUGGAGCAGAAACUGAUAAAUAGAUUCAAUCAGGACAAAAUAAGGUGAUUUCAUAUAUUGAUUAUUAAUUGUAAAUGAAGAUUUUAUAUUAUAAUUGUGUCGCUUAACUUCAAACUCGGGUAAAUCCAUUCGACCCUCUCAGCAAAUCUCUACCCUAUUACCUUUUCUUUCUUCUUUUCUCUUAUAAUACCAAAAUCGUAUAAUC